AUGGAUAAGCAGCGUCAAAAGGUGGCUGUCAUCGGUCUCGGCAUCGCCGGCCUUGUCGCUGUCAAGAAUCUACUCGAAGUCGGCUUCGAUGUGACUGGAUUUGAGCGCAAUGAGUAUGUCGGAGGUCUCUGGCAUUACACCGAGCAAGACAAGACAUCAGUCUUACCGAACUCCACGCCCAGUCAUUGCCCAUCCGCCAAGGUGGAAGAGUACAUUGAGUCCUACGUAGACCACUUUAACUUUCGCGAUAAGCUUCGCUUGGGUGUAUCGGUCGAGAAAGUCGGACGCGAUGAUGAGGGCAAUCGCUGGGUGGUAGACAUCCAGGGCUCAGGGCCUGAGUAUUUCGACAAGGUCAUUAUGGCGACGGGCGGAAACAAUCGUCCUCACAUUCCCAAGGUCGAGGGCAUGGAGCAAUUCGAAGGCGACGUUCUACAUUCGCGCGCCUUCAAACGACCAGAACUCUUCAAGGGCAAACGCGUGGUUGUUGUCGGCGUCUCGAACACGGGCGCAGACACUGCAGCAGCUCUUUGUGGACAUGCUGAAAAAGUCUGGCUAUCUCGCAGCCAUGGUGUUAUAGUGAUCCCGCGAAAGCGCGAUGGCAUCCCAUUCGAUCACACCCUCACAGCGCGCACAAUGGCCUUUAUGGCAAUGUUCGAGAGGAGAUUCCCUCGUCUCUACGAAGUCAUCUUCAACGCCAUCUGCAAGAAAAUGCAGGACAACGCGUUCAAGAUGAGGCCCGAAUGGGGUCUUUCUCCUGCGGAUUCCGUCCUGCACGCUCUGCCCGUCAUAUCGGACAAUCUCAUCCCCCUACUCGAAUCAGGCGGCAUCACCUGUAUCCCGAAAAUAAAGCGCGUCACAGGGCCCAAAGAAAUUGAGCUCACGGACGGAACGCGUCUAGAUGUUGACGCGAUCAUCUGGUGCACUGGAUACAAGGCAGACUUCAGCCUCCUAGACGCCAGCGUUGAUCCCACGCGUAACACAACGCCAAAAUGGGCAGAAACAAUCGGAUCUCGUGGCAAACCUCUUCCUCGUCUCUACCAGAACGUGUUUUCGCUCGAUCACCCAGAUUCACUAGCCUUCCUGGGCAAUGUCCUCGUCGCAACAAGCGCAUUCCCCAUCAGCGACCUCUGCACCAUGGCAAUCGCACAAAUCUGGAAAGGAAACUCUGCCCUCCCAUCAAUCGACGAGAUGAACCGCGCCACAGACAAGCACCACGAGGCAAUAUGUAAGCUUGCCAAUAGAGGCAGCGUGGUGCCUGGUUGGCUGCGACAGGCUGACUGGCUUGCAUGGGCUGACAAGGCAGCUGGGUCACAAGUAUAUGAACAUCUCGGGUGGGGAUUGAAAGGCUGGAAGUUGUGGUGGAAUGAUCGUGCGUUGUAUAGGAUGUUGAUGGAUGGGGUUUUUACGCCGUUUGUUUGGAGGGUUUUUGAUGGGGAGGGGAAGAGGGUGAAGUGGGACGGGGCGAGGGAAGCGAUUGAGAAGGUUAAUGCUGAGUUGGCGGCUGCAAAGGCGAGGAACAAGAAUAAGAAGACUCAGUAG